CAUUCCUGUAUCAGAGAACAGAACGAGCAGUGAGGUCGAGAUGGCUUCUUCAAAUAGUACACCCGACAAUAGAGACUUCAGCUUGUUCCAUCUAGGAGAUUUCCAACUGGAAUCAGGAGAAGUCCUACCACAAGCAUUCCUGGCAUACAAAACAUUUGGAGAUAUUAAAAAUCCUGCAAUCAUUCAUCCGACCUCUUAUACUGCAUUCAUUCACGAAACAGCUUCAGUUAUCUUAGACUCUCGAGCUUCCCUCAAUCCUUCGAAAUACUUCAUCGUCGUCCCGGCACUUUUCAGUAAUGGACAAAGCACAUCUCCAUCCAACAGUCCAAAUCUCCGAGACAAAUUCCCCUCCAUCACUUUUGCCGACAAUGUGCGCGCACAGUAUCUCUUAGUCACCCAGAAACUGGGUCUCACAAAAGUCAAGGCUGUGGUGGGCUUCUCUAUGGGCGGAGCUCAGGCUUACCAAUGGGCCGUUCAAUAUCCUGAUUUCAUGGACGUCGUCGUGCCUAUUUGUGCCUCGGCGAAGAACGCAAUUCACAACAAUGUGUUUUUGGAGGGUGUCAAGAGUUCCUUGAUUGCAGCCCGUGGAGGAAUAAGCUUGGGUAUAGGGAAAGGUCAACGAUAUCCCUCAAACGAGCCCUGGACACCUCAACAGAAGGAAGUCGGCCUGAAGGCCUUUGGCCGGGUAUAUGCUGGCUGGGGACUUAGUCAAGCCUGGUAUCGACAGAAACUCUUCACCAAGUUCUUCGGCGCCAAGGACGAGGAGGAGUUCCUCCAAACGUUUUGGGAGCCAUGGGGACUCAAGAAUGAUCCUGAUGAUUUACUUGUCAUGCUGCAGACUUGGCAACUUGGAGACAUUUCAAAGUCUCCAGAGUUUGGUGGUGAUCUACGAAAAGCAUUGCAGAGUAUCAAAUGUCGAGUUGUAGUUGCACCUGUGGAGACGGAUCUGUAUUUUCCACCGGAGGACUCUCGGUUUGAGGUUGAGAAUAUGCUUCCUGGAAGAGGCACUCUUGCUGUUGUUCCUAGUGUUUGGGGACAUUGGGGUGGUGGAUGUGUUGAUAGUACGGCUGAUUUGCAAUUUUUGGAUGAAGCAAUGGCGAAAGUAUUUGCAGAGUAGCCUAGAUUGACGAACUUGAUUUUGAAUCUGAGCAACGUUGGUUACUGGUUCGCCAAUAAUGUUCUUUUGUAACUAUUUUCCAACGCAAUUUAUGCAUACUAAUAUCUGACUUCGGGUAUAUCUUCCCAUAAAGUGUACAUACGACCAUUCAUGACAAGGCGUCGCCAGCUUAUCACGAACAGACAUCGGAUACCGUCAAAACAAUGAAGAGGUACUAUCUUGGGUAAAUCUGUACUUAAUCAUUCAAACGCACCUCAACUAAGCCUAGCGCUCUUUCGAUCA